CAGUGAUGACGACAUCCUUUGACAGUUUAUUGUUUACUGUUUUUAAGGUAUCUUGUCCUGUUUUCUACGUUAGUAUUCAUAAUUUUGGAUGCAAUAAAAAUAGUUAACUAAAAUGGAUGAAAAUAUUAUCGCCCACGAUAUUGACGACACUCGAACAAAGGAUGUUUUGAUAGAAGAAAAUGUUAGUUUCCAAUCAAUGUUUCUACCACAAAAAUGUCUAGCUGGCUUAAACAAAUGUGGGUUUCAAACACCAUCUCCAAUUCAGCUGAAAGCUUUACCAUUGGGAAGAUGCGGCUUUGAUUUAAUUGUCAAGUCUAAAUCUGGUACUGGAAAAACUAUGGUAUUUUCUUUGGUAGCUUUGGAAUCUAUAGAUCUCUCCUUAUCCAGUCCCCAAGUAUUGGUUUUAGCUCCAACACGAGAAAUAGCUGUUCAAAUAGCAAAAACAAUCAAGGCUCUAGGGUAUUGGUUUGCAGGGCUGAAGGUGAGUACCUUUAUUGGUGGGUUUCCAGAGAAGGAUGAUAUAGGUAAAGCUCACAACUGCCAAAUAGCUGUUGGAGCCCCAGGGCGUAUAAAAUCUUUGAUAGAAAAAAAUAUUUUGGAUGUUAAUUCUGUGAAACUAUUUGUGUUAGAUGAAGCUGAUAAAUUGAUGGAAACAUCUUUUCUGAAAGAUGUAAAUGAUAUAUACAAGAGUCUCCCACAGAAAAAACAGAUAAUCACUACAAGUGCUACAUAUCCAAAUAAUUUAGAAAACUUUCUGAGUAAAUAUAUGCAGGCUCCAACAUGUGUGAGUUCUGAGAAUGAAACACAGUUAUUACUAGGUCUCAAACAAUUCAUAAAGGAAGUGCAGCCAUCUACAACUUCAGCUCAGGAAAUCAGGUUAAAAAAUGAAGAAGUACACAAACUCUUAUCAAGUAUAUCAUUCACCCAAUGCAUUAUAUUUUCAAAUUUUCAAACUCGUGCAGAAAAUAUAUGCAUAUCUUUGAAACGUUAUGGUUGGGAAUCAAUGUUCAUUUCUGGUGCUCAGACUCAACAGAAAAGACUGGAAACAAUGGAAAAAUUGAAAAAUUUCAAAUGUAGGAUAUUGAUAUCCACAGAUCUAACAGCUCGAGGUAUUGAUGCUUCAAAUAUAGAUUUAGUAAUAAACUUUGAUGUACCUUUAGAUGUUUCAACAUAUUUACAUAGGAUGGGGAGAGCAGGAAGAUUUGGCUCUCGCGGAAUUUGUAUUUCUUUGGUCUCAGGAGCAAAAGACUUGUUUCAAAUAAGAAAAUAUUUAGGUAAUAUUGGAGGUCCAAAUUUUACUAUAUCGAAAUUGGGCAAUAUCGAAAAUGGAGGAAAUGAUCUGUGGUUAGAAGAUGAAUCGAAAUUCGAAAGAAUCUCAGGAAUAGUUGGUAGAAAUGAAGAAGCAAUUGAUGCUAUAAAAGAUGAAGUUCUUUCCUUCAAAAUUUGUUCAGGUGAUUUAGGAAAAACAACUGAUUCUCAGUCGGAAAAUACCACAAAUAAUCAUGAUGAUUUAAACAGAAAGUUGACUGAGAAUGUUUCAACUACUUCAAAAUCGUCUGAUGAAAAUGAGAGUUCACUUAUUGCUUACACUGAAGAUGUUGGAUAUACUGUUCAGUCUGUGACAGAAAGAAUAGGUGAAAAAAAUGCUCCAGUGAAGGAAACUGAUUCUCUUCUGCAAUCUCUAGCAGAAGGAAAAUUCAAUUUUGAAACUAUUCCUACUACAUCCAUGACUUUGGCUAAAAAAGAAGAUUCAGCUGAAAAAAAUGUAGAUAAUAUUUCCUUGAAAGCUUUAGCUGAAGGUACUUUUGAUUUCAGUAAUGUCCCUAGUCCAUCGAAUAUAUUUUCCGGAAAAUUCAAUGAGACUGUCAAUAGUGAUUCCUCAAUAAAACAAUCAUUAGAUGUUUUUAUGAAAUUAGAAAAGGAUCAGUUUUUGGCUAAAAUAGAAAAGAAGGAACCUCCAGAAGAAGACAAUAUAAAAGCUCUUCUAUAUUUAGCUCAAGGUUAUGAGGACUAUGAGAAGUUUGCCAAGACUAGAAAAUCUAGUGAAUUAGAUCCAGAAAACAAUGCAAAAAUGCCUAAAAAUGAAGUGUACAUAAAAAAUAAAGGAAUAUACGAGGUUGCAAGAAUUUUGCAUAAAGACAUUGAAGCCAAUCCAGAAAUGGAGAAAAAUCUGAAAAACUAUUUAAAUAUGUUGGAGGAGGAAACUAAAGGAACUAGGAGUACAGUUGUCCAAAAUGAGGUUAAACCUAUUCAAUCUGAUGUACCACAUAACUCGUUAACAGAAAAGAGAUCCGAGAUCAAUACAGGUAAUAUUUUCGAUUGCGCUUAUUUACAAACAAUUGAAAAAGAAAAAAAUAACUGGAAGAAUUUUGUGGAUUAUGAUGGUUUGCAACCAAUCAAUCAGAUGAAUACUGAAAAUAUUGAAGAAAAUGAUUCCUCCAAUUUUUCGGAGAAAGAAGAUGAAGAAGAUUCUGAACAAGAUCAGCCUUUAUAUGAUGAAAAUGGUUAUGAAAAUAUUCCUAACCGUAUGGUGUGGGUUCCCGUUGAAGAAGGUGCUUCUCAAAGAAACAAUCAAAUUAACCAGGUCAAUUUAUUAGAUGGAGCCAGUAACGAAAAUAAUUCAAUAUCAAUGCAAGUCGAUGAACCUAAUUCAAGUGAACAGAAUAAACGUUCAGUUCCAGUUAUACAACUUGGGGAUCCUAAUUCAGCGGAGCUGUACCAUGAACAUUUCUCAGAUUUGUUCCAUCAAUGUAGCUCUGAGUUAUGGAAGAAAGGGUUAACAUUCACUUCAGCUGAAGAAUUUGAUCAGUGGUAUACUCGGCAUUGGCUAAAAAGACUUGAUGAUGUUAGAGAAUAUGUCCAACGAAAUGUUAUGGUGAGUGAAAUGAGUUUGUAUCAGGGCCGUAGAAAAAAUACUUAAUGAAUAAUAAGUCUUUUUCAAAAUACAA